AUGCCCAGGACAACAUCAGUCCCCGUGGUCCUUCUGCUAUGGUCUGUGGUCCUGGUAUGCGAGUGCAGGGCGGAACUCGAAAUCCGGAAGCCCGAGAACAUGUCCGAGAUGGAGCUCGCCCGGAGGAUGUGGAAGGAGCAAGAGGACAGUCUCAAGGGGAGCCUGGAGUCCUUCUUCAGGACGCUCUUUCCGACCCUUGUGCGCUUGGGCUCCGAGGCGGAGAUUUCGGCGGAGUGUCAGGCGGCCUACUUCAAGAUGUUCGUUGCUGUCCGGCAGCUCAAGAGCUGGGCGUUGCGGAUGGUGGAUUCGUCGGGCAAGCUGCCCAACGGCCUGAUGUCCGGAACGGCGGUGUCCUUGGGCCACUUCGACCAGUGCCUGGACAUCGAGGCGGGAGACGCCUUCCGCGGACAGUUCUGCAACCUCGAGCUCUGGCUCCGGGACCUGCCCAGGCCCAGCCCCAAGGCCGAAGACGUCAUCCCGGACGGGGACUCGGCUCUGUCUUUCUUCUACGACAACGGUUACUGGCUCAAGCUCUUCCCGAUGCGGUUGGGAAUUUGCAUUCCUUCGGCGUGCAGCGCGGAUGACCUCCAAAGAAUGGCCACACAAGCAUCGAAGCGGGUCCAUAUCUCGGCGAACGUGACGUCCUGCCAAGUGAAGGAACCCAUCCAAUUUUCUCGGGAACAACUGGUCGUUUUGUGUGUCCUCGGAGUGAUCUUGACGCUCGUCGUUGUUGGAACGUUGGUGGACGUGUUUGGCAUCAUGUCUGAAAAACGAACCACCGAAUGUGUCUUACAUGAACUGUGCGUAAUUCGUUUCGUAGGUCGCUUGGCGCGGCUCAUCGUCAGCUUCUCCGUGGUGAGGAACACGAGGCUUCUCUUUGCCGGAGCCGAGCGUCCCGAGGGUCCCCUGGAUGCCCUGAACGGCAUCCGCGUCGUCUCCUGCUUCUGGAUCGUGCUGGGACACAUCUACUUCCUCACAGACCUCUCGUCCUACAUCCGCUUUUCCUCUCUAACCAAGUUGCAGGUACUCUUUAGAGAUUUCCUUUUCACUGUUGUGGAGAACUUCACCUUGCCCGUGGAUACAUUCUUUUUCAUCACGGGCCUUCUUUUAGUCUACAAUCAGAGAAAAAAAUGUUCGAAGAAACAGACCAUCUCGUUCUGGGACACGGUUCGCAUGGUGACGCACAGAUACUGGAGGAUGACACCACCAUUCGCCCUGACCAUGGCGCUCUUCGUCCUGGUGCCGACGCUCGGAAGCGGUCCCAUGUGGUGGGAGGUGCUCGGCACGCCCUCGGAGAACUGCCGACUUCACUGGUGGUCCAACCUGCUCUACUUCAGCAACUACAUGUCCUACACCAAGAUGUGUAUGCUGCACUCUUGGUUCCUGUCGCUGAACAUGCAGUACUUCAUUAUCGGCAUUCCACUCACACUAAUGCUGUUCCGAAACCCGGGAGCGACGUCCGUCGUCAUCCUAGCCCUGACCUUAGCAUGUUCCGCGGCCACGAGCACGGUGGCCUACCUCAACAACUUGCCCCCUACCAUGCUCAUGAUGACCUCGGACUGGAGCAAGGCGAAGCAGAACCUCAACAUGGUCUACUACCAGCCGUUCACGCACUUUGGCCCGUUCGCUGUGGGGCUCUGCCUCGGCUACAUCCUUUCCGUCAAGAAAGCACCCAGGUUUGGCACGGCAACGCUGGUGGCCGGUUGGCUGACCUCGCUGUCGAUGCUGGGGGCUUCUCUGUUCGCCCCGUACCCGUUCCGUAAGGGAGACGCCUUCAGUCCGGUCUUCUCAGCCGUCUACGCGGGCUGCCACCGGACGCUGUGGACGCUAGGGGUCGCCUGGUUGACCCUCCUCUGCAGCAGCAACCAGGCCGGACUGGUCGGUUCGGCGCUGUCGUCAAGCUCACUGACGCCGCUGAGCAGGCUGAGCUACCUGACGUACCUGCUCCAUCCCAUCCCCAUCUACGUCCACGUGGCGUCGACGAAGGAGGCCUUCCAGCUCGACCACUACUACAUGUGCACCCUCUACCUGGGCAUUCUGACGACGUCCAUCAUACUGGCGUACCUGGCCUACGUGACUGUCGAGCUGCCCUUCGCGUCCCUCGAGGCUAUUCUGACGUCGUCCCCGGCCGAGACGUCCAAGCCCGCGCUGCCAUUGAGCCUGUGCAAGGAAGAGCUCAAGAGGAACGGUGCCGCCGCUUCCAGAGGCCCGGCGCUGAGUGCGCCGACUCAGGCCAAACUUAACGAGUCCAGUCGACUUUGAAAAGGAAAAGGGAAGCUCGUGUUUUUCCGCACACCGGGACUGAGUCAAAUUGUACCUCAGAGUGUGACGAUAAAAAUGCCCGUGGAGUGA